GAGGAGAAGCCGCCGGCAGCCGAGAGGGAGAGAGAGGGAAGUGCCGUUGUGCUGAUGGAUUUCCCAACCGGGAUCCUGCGGGAUGGCAGCCCCAUGGAGAGCCUGGAGAAGCAGCUGAUCUGCCCCAUCUGCCUGGAGAUGUUCAGCAAGCCCGUGGUGAUCCUGCCCUGCCAGCACAACCUCUGCCGCAAGUGUGCCAAUGACAUCUUCCAGGCUUCCAACCCUUACUGGCAGAACCGGGGCAGUGUGGUUUCGGGGGGUCGGUUCCGGUGCCCCUCCUGCCGCCACGAGGUGCUGCUGGACCGACACGGGGUCUAUGGGCUGCAGAGGAACCUGCUGGUGGAGAACAUCAUCGACAUCUACAAGCAGGAGUGCUCCAGCAGGCCACUGAAGAAGGGGGAGCACCCCAUGUGCAAGGAGCACGAGGACGAGCGGAUCAACAUCUACUGUGUCACCUGCGAGGUCCCCACCUGCUCCAUGUGCAAAGUUUUUGGUGCCCACAAGGACUGCGAGGUUGCCCCUCUGCAAAGUGUCUUCCAGGGCCAGAAGAGCGAGCUGAACAACUGCAUCUCCAUGCUGGUGGCGGGGAACGACCGGAUCCAAACCAUCAUCUCCCAGCUGGAGGACUCGUGCCGGAGCACUGAGGAGAACAGUGAGGCGGCCAAGCGGGAGCUGUGUGCUCGCUUCGAUGCUUUGGCAGAACUGCUGGAGGAGAAGAAGUCAGAGAUGCUGCAGCGCAUCACCCAGGAGCAGGGUGACAAAACCAGCUUCAUCCAGGGCCUUAUCCACCAGUACAAGGAGCAGCUGGAGAAGUCGAGCCGACUGGUGGAAACAGCUGUCCAGGCCAUGGAGGAGCCUAACGGGGCUGCCUUCCUCAUGAAUGCCAAGCAGCUCAUUAAAACGAUUGUGGAAGCCUCCAAGGGUGGCAAGCUGGAGAAGAUUGAGCAGGGCUACGAGAGCAUGGACGCCUUCACAGUGAGCCUGGACCACCUCACCGAGGCUGUCCAUGCCUUGGACUUCAUCCCCACAGAGGAAGACGAGGAGUUCUUCGAUGGGGAGGAGGAGGAGGAGGAGGCGGAAGAGGAUGCAGCGCCUGAGAGGACAGUGAUGGCUCCCCUGUAGCCACAGCGGCGUUGAUGGGGCGGGAGGAACGCCGCGGGCGCAGGAUGUCCAGCGACGGGACUGGGGACAACGGGGAGGGGGAGGGGGGACACACAUGCCAUGGGGGUUGGUGGCUUCGUGAGCCACCGCCAGCUCCAGCACAGGACACUUUUCUAUACGGGUGCAAAAAGGACAAUUCCGCACGUUUUGUAUCUUCCUUGUUUUGUAUAUAAUUGUCACGGAUUUGAAUUUUGUGUAUUUUGUAAAGAAAAAAAAAACCGGUGGUUUGGGUGGUGUUGGUU